AUGACCUCUCUGUCCGACUCCCUUGACGCGCUGGUCUGCUCGCUUGUACCCACAGCUCGUCGGCAAGAACACCUGCGUCAAGAUCUAUCGGCUCGCUGCAAGGAUAUACUCUCUAGUCACAUAGGUAAUACACGGGAAGCCGACAUAGGCCUGCUGGCGGACAUCAUCAAACGGCAAUUAUCGCAAGCCCCGGGGCCCGGUUCGUCUGUAUUACAGUUCACCAAUCUUCUAUCUCGACUGCUAGAUCAGCCUGUACUGUCCAAGAAACACGAUACCCUUCUAUUCCUACAUACCCUGUCCGCGUCAUCUUCGCGCAAAGCUACAGUAACUUCGACGUUUCUUCCAUCACUUGCUGCUCCCUCGCGUGCUCGUCCAACUGUGACCACACCCACUAUGGAACCCACCACUGGCGAGCCUGCCGGUAAAAGCAAAGCGCAGAUCCUCUACGAAUAUCGCAAAAGAAUCGGCAAACUACAAAUGCCAGAGCAUAUCCUGCUACGCGAUACUUUAUAUCUUCUGCAAGGCAUCUCUGGAAAGCACAUUCGGUUCUCAUCCAGUAAUGGUGGGGAGUCGAUGCAACAAGUCGUGUUCUCCGAAGCACCUGAGGCUCGCAUAGGGCAAUCUACCAAAGAGCUUAUACAUAGGCUGUCUGAAGUCGGCUACUUGUACCAGUUGGUGGACAAGUUCGUCCGGGAUAGAGAGAUUGGUACCGACGUUGGCAUGAUCGAACAGAGCCUCUGUCACCACCUACAAUCGCAAUUGACGGAGUACUACCGCUUGAUCGCUGUGCUAGAAUCCCAACUUUCCGUUGUGGCGACUGAAUCGGACAGUAACGAAGUUCGUGCCGAGGAAAGCGGUCUUACAUUGCGUCGUCUUGAUGUCUGGAUCAACGAAUGGCGACUUCGAAUGCGUAUGAUGAGUGUGUGUGUAGGGGCCGCGAGAGACACACACGGAGGUGCACUUGUCAACCUCAUUCACGGCUAUACAGAGAACGGAGACCCCUUUGUCCGCCAGUUCACGGAUCAUCUACUGGAAGAGGUAUCCAUGCCGUUCUUUGCGACCUUGCAGAAAUGGCUCUUCUCUGGAGAACUCUAUGAUCCUUAUAACGAGUUCUUUGUUGGAGUAGACCCCGAUCUGGCGCACGUUCAAUACGUUCAUGCUGCUGCUUACGCAGGCGGAGGUGUGGCCGAUGGAGGGUUCGGACUAUCCGUUGAGGAAGACGUGAUAGGGGAGAAAGAGAAUAGCCUGCGUCUAUGGGAGAACAAGUUCGAAUUCCGACAAGAUAUGCUACCCGCGUUUGUGAAUGAGAAUUUUGGGCGCAAGAUAUUCUCUACAGGUCGCAGUCUGAACUUCAUCCGUUAUAGCUGUCAUGACAGUGACUGGGUGGCGACGAGGGAGAAAUUGAGCCACACAGAACGAGGAGAGCUACAAUACAGCGACAUCUCCGGUCUGGAGAGAUCAAUUGACACCGCCUACCGCAUUGCGAGCCAGCGACUAUUCGACAUCUUCUUUGACAAGUUCAGACUUCUGGAUCAUCUGCAGGCUGUGAAGAACUAUCUCUUACUGGGGUACGGCGACUUCGUGGAUCACCUCAUGGAGACACUAGGACCUAGCCUGUCGAAACCCGCUAACACCUUGUACCGACACAACUUAACCGCUACAUUGGAGACUGCGGUGCGCUCCUCGAAUGCUCAGAACGACCCUCCCGAUAUCUUGAGGCGAUUGGACGCCGAGAUGCUCGAAUACACUCGGAGUGAGAUCGGUUGGGAUGUGUUCACCCUGGUGUACAAGAUCGACGCCCCCCUGGACACUGUGCUUGACCCGGAUUCAAUGGUUAAAUACCUGAAGCUUUUCAACCACCUGUGGAAGAUCAAGCGCAUCGAGAUGACGCUGACAAAGGGCUGGCUGAGGGCCGGUAGUGGCACGAAAGUGUUUAUUCACCUACCUGAGCUUGAGCAGGAGUGGCACCAGCUGCGCUUGUCUGUGGCUGAGAUGAUUCACUUCAUUCGGCAGAUGCAAGCUUAUAGUCAGCUUGAGGUCAUCGAAUGCUCGUGGGCCGAUCUUAUGGACUUUGUGCAUAAAAAGGAGGGGGACCUGGAUGCUCUCAUAGCCGCUCACCGUGACUAUCUUGGACGCUUGGUCAGGAAGAUUCUACUCUUAUCGAACAAAGCUGGGCGCGAGGAGGUUGUUCUCAAUCAAGUGCGCGACGCAUUGGCGACGAUCCUGCAAUUCAGGGAAGCUAUGGACCACUUUUAUAAUCUCUGCCUAUCCGAGUCUUCGCGGCGUGAUAACGAGCGGGAUGCCAUGCGGGGAGUCUAUACCGGAGCAGGCGCUGAUCAAGAAGCACCCUUAUCCGACCAGUUGCUGCGCGGUCUUCAGCAAUGUAAGGAGUACGCCUCAAUAUUCUCAGAGAAGGUUCAUGGCAUCGUGCAUGGCCUCCAAAGUCAUACAGACCUUGACUGCCGUUUCCUUGGCGUUCGGCUAUCUUUCUCAGACUUCUACAAGACUAAACGAGAGGCCUCUCAGCAGCAGUCGAAAGCACCGUAG